CUGUUAUACUGAAAAAUGGGCUGUAAAAACGAAGACAAAAUUGUGUGGGGUAGCAGACAUCUUGCUGAUAUUUACUCUUUGGCGGUUCCUCAAACAUUCGCUGUGUGCUUACUUCAGCAGUCCACCUUUCCUGCACCGCUGACGGUCUGCUGGUCCUCUUAAGGCAAAACAAAACAGUUAUGGCAGAUAUCAGCAAAACUGAAAAGGUUCAGCUGUACGUGCCCGAUUUAGACGAACUGCGUGGUGUACUGCAAGCAGGACUAGAAGACAACUUUGCAGAAGUUGAGGUGAGUGUUGUUGACUGUCCCGAUCUCACCAAAGAGCCCUUCCAGUUUCCUGUCCAAGGCUUGUGUGGAAAGCCUCGCAUCACUGAUGUGGGUGGUGUGCCGUACCUUGUCCCCUUGGUUCAAAAGCACAAGGAAUACAACAUGAACACCAUUUCAAAGGAGCUGGAGCUGCCAGGAGGCUUCGUCCUCGGCGCGGCAGCUGCUCCCAGCAGAAUUGUCGGCAUGAAUGCAGAGCUGGUGCCUCUGGUCCUAACAGAAGCGGAGGGCAGGCCUGCAGUUAACAGCAGCUACGUCUCCUCAAUCAACCCGGCUGAUGGCCAGUGUCUGCAAGAAAAAUACAGCAACAAAUUCUCGGACUGCAGCUUUGGACUGCUGGGAAAUCUGUACGCCUGUGAGGGGAAGUCUGGGAAGGUCAUUGAGGUGCGGGCCAAGAAGAGAACAGGAGGCCACAGUCUCGUGACGGCCCUGAGGAACUCUCUUAGAGAUCGGUACCCCGAUAAAAGCCUGGCUCUGGGGGGCACCUUUAUCAUCCAGAAAGGGAAAGCCAAAAUCCACAUCAUGCCGAGAGAGUUCUCUGCCUGCCCCCUCAACUCCGACGACGACGUCAACAGCUGGCUCAAGCACUUUGAGGUCAGCGCACCACUCAUCUGCCAGUCAGUGCUAGUUUCCAGAGACCCCGGUUUGGACCUGCGAGUGGAGCACACCCACUGCUUCAGCCACCACGGAGAAGGGGGCCACUACUACAUAGACACCACACCCGACAGUGUGGAGUACCUGGGCUACUUCAUGCCGGCCGAGUUUGUCUACCGCAUCGACCGGCCCCAAGAAACCCACGCAGUUGGACGAGAUUGACGAGUGAAUAAAAAUGUAUAGUUUGCAGCACGUCGUCUCUCGUAAGUCUUGAACAAGUAAUGUGUGAUUUAUAUGGAGCUCUGUGUGUUCCUAAACUGCAGUCUGAUGGUCGUGGCUGUUUGUACAAUGAAUGUAGUUGAAUAACAAAAGUGGGACAUUGGACCUCGGACAAAACCGACGGGAGAUGUCAUUUCUGCACAGUCGACACAGAGGGGAAACUAGAACAAUAAUUGUUUUAAGACACUGUUGCUUUCACUUGUUUUUUUAACUUCUAUGUUUUCUAUUUUUAUUAGAAGUUACACAUUGACUGUCAACACUGGACACACAAUGACCGUAUAAAAACUGACUGAACAAUGUGUGUAAUAAAUGCUCAUUUACAAACCCACA